CGAGCAGUAUCAGGAAAUCCCGGAGAGAGGAGGGAAGUUAACAGUGAAAAAGCUGCUAAAAGGUCAAGGAGGAUGAGGAUUAAGAAAAGGUCAUUAGACUAGGCAAUUAAGAGAGCAUCUUCUCUCUGCUUUCAUAUCCCACAUGGCAAUGGCAGUGAGACGAGCCCCGUUAAUGAUUUUCUGCCGGAGAGCUGUUGGACUGCUGGACACAUUUCUUUGCCCCAGGGCCACAUUCUAUGAACUCGAUGAAAAGUCAGCAGGUGGAGCUGGAUUGCUGUGCCUGAGACCCCAGUCUUGGAUAAAAAGAAAAAAAGAAAGAAAUGCUAAAACAUUAAGCGACCAUUAUGGGGGAAGAAACUUGAGCGAUACGAUGUUCUGGGGUGGUUGUUGUUGUUGUUUUUAAUUAAAUAAAACCCAGCUCCUUUGUAGAAACGUUUUAUUGCACCUGCGGACAGGAAGGGGAAACGGUUGCGUGUCUAAGAAUAGGACCCAGGGAGAGGCACGGAUCUCACUUCUAGGGCGCCUCCAAAGUUGGCCCCUGAGCUCCGGGAUUCUGGCGCGUGCUGGAAGUGCCUCGGGGCACCGCCAGGGGCGCUUCUCCGGGCAAGCCGAAGCCAUCUCCGGGAGCGUCUCUCCCUUCUGACCCGAGUGGGUUUUUUCAACGGGCGGAUGCAGCAGGGGCUGGUGGGCGCUAGGGGGUGCUCCACGCCCCCACCCUACCCCCAACGCGCCCAACAAAUAAGACUUAACUGGGAAGGACUCUCCUCUGGCCGGGCUGGGGGUGGUGGUGAUGGUGGUAGUGACAAUUAAAAUAGCGCAGUCCAAAACUGGUCCGGCGGGCGGCGGUAGCGCCCCCUCUCCCUGCUUCCCUCCCUCUCUCCCUGGGGGUCACUCUGUCCCUCCCUCCUCCCCUCUCUCCCCCACCCCUCCCUCCUCCUCCUGCUCCUGGGGAGUCAGGCACUGGCUGCGAUUGCUCCCUCUCCGCAGCUCGCGUCAGUUUCCCUCUCCCGCGGCAGGAGCAGCGGCGGCGGCGGCAGCAGCAGCUGAGUAGGCAGAGGCGGCGGGAGAGACGUCUUCGGCAGCUGCAGCCCCAGCUCCCGGGGCUCUUCGGUUCUGAGCGCGCAGCUCUCCCGCCCCGGUCCCCUCCGCGUCCCCUGCGCGUGUCCUGGAGCGCCCCGGGCAGAGCCGCACCUCAGAGCGCCGGGACUCCUCCUGGCCGCGAGCGGGGACGCCCGGCCGAAGCCGCUCCCCCCGGGGCUGCGAACCCCGGCCGCCCGGGGGCAUCCUCCGGCGGGGAAGCUGGGCGGGAUCAUGAGGAGGCUUAACCGCCGCCUGGCGCUCACUCUCUUCGGGGUGCUCUGGAUCGCGGCGCUGCUGCUUCUAUGGGGAGUCCAGAGGAAGUUGGAAGUAGCCCCCGGACCCGAAGGGCAGACCCCUAAGGCCUUGGAGAGUGACUGGGGUGACUUGUGGGACGAGUUUGAGGAGCGGCGGUACCUGAGUGCUAAGAAGUGGCAAGUCGGCCAGGAUCCCUAUAAGCUGUACUCCUUCAACCAGCGGGAGAGCGAUCGGAUCCCCAGUAACCGGGCUAUCCGGGACACCCGCCCUGACAGAUGUGCAACUUUACACUAUGGUCCCGACCUUCCUCCAACCAGCAUCAUCAUCACCUUCCACAAUGAAGCCAGGUCUACCCUUCUAAGAACCAUCCGGAGCGUGUCAAACCGAACUCCAGUGCAUCUGGUCCAUGAGAUCAUCUUAGUGGAUGACUUCAGUGAUGACCCUGACGAUUGCCAGCUGCUGAGCAAGCUGCCCAAGGUGAAAUGCUUACGGAAUGAACAGCGAGAAGGGCUGAUCCGUUCUCGGAUCCGGGGAGCAGACCUAGCCCAGGCCAGCAUCCUGACUUUUCUUGACAGCCACUGUGAGGUAAACAAAGACUGGCUUCUGCCCCUCCUGCAUAGGAUCAAAGAGGAUCCUACACGGGUGGUGUGUCCAGUAAUCGACAUCAUUAACCGGGACACUUUUGCCUACGUAUCUUCUUCCCCAGACAUGCGAGGUGGGUUUGAUUGGACACUCCAUUUCAAGUGGGAGGAGCUUUCCCUCAGAGAAAAGGCCUUAAGGGUGGAUCCCAUUCAACCCAUCAAGACCCCAAUUAUUUCCGGAGGGCUAUUUGUAAUGAACAAAUCCUGGUUUAAUCAUCUGGGGAAGUACGAUGCAGCGAUGGACAUCUGGGGUGGAGAAAAUUUUGAAAUUUCCUUCCGAGUGUGGAUGUGUGGAGGCAGCCUGGAAAUUCUCCCCUGUAGCCGGGUGGGACAUGUGUUCCGGAAGAAGCAUCCCUAUACUUUUCCAGAAGGCAACCUCAAUACCUAUAUAAAGAAUACCAAGCGUACUGCUGAGGUGUGGAUGGACGAGUUCAAGCAUUACUUUUAUGCUGCCAGACCUGUGGCCCAAGGCCGGCCUUUUGGAAACAUACAAGCCCGAGUGGAGCUGAGGAAGCGCCUGAAGUGCCAUACUUUCAAGUGGUAUCUAGAGAACGUUUAUCCAGAACUCAGGAUUCCUGAAGAGUCCUUGUUCCAAAAAGGAAUCAUCCGGCAGAAACAGAAGUGCCUACAGUCCCGAAAGCAGGAAGGCCAAGAGUUCCCAUCCCUCAUCCUGAGUCCUUGUAUUGAUGGGGAUGGGGAAGCAGCAAGGUCUCAGGAAUGGGCUUAUACCUAUGCCCAGCAGAUCUGCCAGCAGCAACUGUGUUUAUCAGUACACAUGCUUUUCCCUGGUUCGCAAGUGCAGCUUUCUCCUUGCAAGGAAGGAGAUGAUAAACAGCGAUGGGCCAAGUCUGGCCCCCGAAUAAAGCACAUGGCCUCCCGCCUCUGCCUAGAUACAGACAUCAUGGGAGAUGGCACUGAGGACAGCAGGGAGAUGGUCAUAAACCCUUGUGAGACGUCGGUCAUGAGCCAGCACUGGGACAUGGUGUUCUCGUGAACGGAGCUCCGUGGGCAGACUCGGUGGGAAGCAGUUCUGGACAGGCACGAAACUCUGGCCCAGAAGGGGACAACUCGAGGUGUGGGAAGCUGUGAGAGGCCUAGGAAGGCCUCCUGGUGUGGAAGGUAGAGACAGAGCCACGUGCAGACAAAAGGAGUGGCCCUCUUGGUGCACCGGAGGAAGGGACGCCCUGCUGAGCGGCACCUCGGAGAUCACAAGCUACAGGGGUCCUGUUCCCAACCACAAUGGGAUUCCUUGCAGCACAAGCUGGUGCCUUUUCCUGGUCGGGGAGCGAGUAUGGGUGCGUGUGUGUGUGUGAGAGAGAGAGAGAGACCCCCAGUUGGAAGCUGCACAUUUGUUGGUUUUUUUUUCUUUUGUUUUCCCUUUGUAACAGAAACAGAGCCAAUGAGGAAACUUCUGGGUGUCUUCUGGCUGCCAUGACACCAGAGAUGAGGAGCGUUUGCAGACCAAAUAAAAACUAUUAGAAGUCAGCAGAUUCUCCUUCUAUAUAUGAACAAAGCUUUGACUUGUGCUAGGAAAAGAUGUUGUUAAUACAGUAAAAUUUCCAUUUACUAGAAUAUCCUGGGAAUGGAAUGUUGUGAUUGGAUUAUCUGGUUUCCUGCCUUAGUAAAGAAACUAUAUUCUGUUUAGUAA